AUAUCACCAUAUCCACGCCCCCGCAAUCUCGCUGCAUCAAAAAAGCGCUUCUAUCUCGAAUCCAAUCCCCACAUUACUCCAGUUACACCCCAAAAUGAACGUCGCCGUUUCAGCCCUCAAGCCUCGGCACAAAAGGGCCUCAAACGGCAAGCCCCUUCACGUCGUUCCCACAAACCACAACUCGGAGGUCCACCAAGUGCAGGACCUGAUCAUGUCGUCUUCUUCUUCUUCUUUUUCGUCCAAGAAGCUCCGUGUCUACGGCGGCAAGGCCUCCUUCAUGACCUGGAGGCUGCAUGACGUCCUGCCUGUGGCCAAGCACCAUUGGAUACCCUGCGUCUUCGCAAUGGGCCUCCUCUUCUUCAUGGGCGUCGAGUACACGCUCCGAAUGGUGCCCUCGUCGUCUCCGCCCUUCGAUGUCGGCUUCAUCACCACGCGCUCACUCCACCUCCUCUUGGCCUCCAAGCCCAAGCUUAACACCUUGCUCGCUGGUCUUAACACGGUGUUUGUGGGAAUGCAGACAACGUAUAUUGUAUGGACAUGGCUAGUAGAGGGCCGCCCAAGAGCCACAAUCUCAGCUCUCUUCAUGUUCACAUGCCGGGGCAUUCUCGGCUACUCUACCCAACUUCCAUUGCCUCAGGGAUUUUUGGGGUCCGGCGCAGACUUCCCAGUUGGCAACGUGUCGUUUUUUCUCUUCUUCUCAGGGCAUGUAGCAGGGUCUGUGAUUGCAUCUUUGGACAUGAGGAGAAUGCAGAGGUGGGAAAUGGCAUGGACAUUUGAUGCACUGAAUGUGCUACAAGCACUGAGGUUGCUGGGGACAAGGGGCCACUACACAAUAGACUUGGCUGUGGGGGUUGGGGCUGGUUUUCUCUUUGAUUCUCUGGCGGGCAAGUAUGAAGAAAGCAAGAGAUCAAAAGCACCUACAAAAACUGGUACCAAAGAGGCUUUCUUUCUGUGAACAGAUGGAAUGUUGGCAGGUAGUUUGGAGUAGGAAUAUGGGUAUGUUUUUGGUGCAUAUUUAUUUAUGAAACGUCGAAAGGUAAAUCUAAUUAAGAAAAGAAAACAAAGUAGGUGUUUUGGAUUGUAUAGAGACAGAGAGAGCUCAAUGUACUGGGGCCCUUUUGAUGUAUUUUGCUUCUUUUUUUCUUCUUUAAAAAAUCCCAUUCUUCAUUUUUUAA